AAGUUCUUGUCAGUUUUUUUAGUUUGAAAUGGAAAUUAAGAUAAUUAAAAUAGAAUAUUUUAGUUAAUCGAAAAAUUAUAGUAUAUGAAGUAGAAUCAAAUGAGUGAGGAUCUUUGAGUCGUAGAAAUCUUUGAGAGAAGCGGAAGUAAAGCAAAUGGAUCAGUCUCGAGAAAAACUACUUAAACCACGUCGCCUCUUUGGCAUUUCUAAUGAAAUGACAAUGGAACACGAAUAUCCUUCGGUGAUUUAUGAAGAGGAGGAUCUUACAGAUAUUAAUGAAAUGUAUAGUGAAGAUCAAGCCAUGCCAAAUUAUAUUUUUAAGCCAUCUUCAACAAUCACUUGGGCUGAUCAGCAAGAAUCAUACAGUUCACUGCCAGUAGAAGUAGAGCAGAUAAAUAAUGUCGAUGAAUGCUUUGAAAAAUUCGAUAGACGUAUUCAUUCCUGGGAAGCUGAAGAUGCUGAUGAUUUUAUCACAACACUUGAUGAAAGUAUCUUAGUUGAUAUCCAAACAUUAGAAGACGGCCACAAUAUUCAAGAUUCGACGACGAUGGGAACAAAAGUAAAAAAUCAGAGGCCGAAAUCACUGUACGACAUAACGUCAAAUUCUCUUGUGGAUUCUGCAACUAAUCAAAUUAUGGUGACAUCAGGAGGACCAGUUGAGAAAUUCCCAAAGAUUAUGACCACUUCCUGUUAUGGCGUCCUCAAUACCGGCAAUGAAAAACGAGUAAAGAGCAAUAGUGAAGCCAGCUUGCUGCUAAUGAAGAGUCAGGAGGAAUUACAGAUAGCACCGCCUUUGGAAUCAUAUGCAAUAUUGCCACAUUCGACCCUGUGGGCCUCAUCCACAGAUGAAUUGCGGAGUUCCAAGUCACAGCAACAAUCACGAGAUGACAUUCUUGCGUCUCUGGAAAGUUCCUUCUGUGACUCAAACUCAAUGUCAUCGUCGAUAAAUUUCCUUGGAGGACCAAAUAAGUUUUCCAGUUCAGCCACUGUGGCCAUUGCCGAUAUUGCCGAGCUGGGUGAGUCAGAUAUAAUUGCAUAA